AAGCGAUGACGGCGUUUCCUUUAUAAGGGAGGGGAAGAAGCUCGAACACACUGAUACACAACUGCCUCGCUUUCUGUACAGAGAUAAAGCGAUAGCGACAAGCAUUCAGGAGACAGGAAGCGGAAAACAUGGAGAAACAGGCGUGUUCUGGCUCCGAGAAUCCCGCGAUACCGCCGGUACCGAGAAAACCGCGGACUCUUUCAGUAAACACAUCGGGUCUGCAAGACAGCCAAGACUCAGCAGACAGCCCCACAGGCUCUCAUGUUGAAUGGUGUAAACAGCUGAUCGCUGCCACAAUCUCCAGCCAGAUCUCAGGCUCCACUAUACCUGAGGUCGUGAGUCGUGACUGCAAGACUGGGUGGAAGAUAGAUCAUAGGGUAUCCAGGAGGCCUAAUUUGAGGCAGGCAUUUAAAGAUAUGCAGAGGCCAGUUCCCAUGGAUGAACUUCCACUAGUCCCUGGGGAGAGUAUUAAAAUAACUGCUAAAGAUGUGAUGUACAUCUGUCCGUUCACUGGAGCCGUGACAGGCACGCUCACGAUCACCGACUACAAGCUUUACUUCAUCAGUCUAGAGAGGGAUCAUCCCUUCGUUCUGAAUGUGAAUUUGGGUGCGAUAAGCCGGCUGGAGACCAUCAGUGUUCAGACUCAUGGGGAGAACACACAGGGUUUGGAGAUCGUCUGCAAGGACAUGAGAAGUCCUAGAUUUGCCUAUAAAAAGGAGGAACAGGGUCAAAUGGAAAUUGUGGAGACGCUAACCAAGUGCACCUUUCCACUGUCCAAUGAUCUGCCCCUGUUUGCGUUCCAGUACAAGGAAAAGUAUCCUGUAGACGGAUGGAAAGUUUAUGACCCAGUAUCAGAGUACAAGAGAAUGGGUCUGCCCAAUGAAAGCUGGACUAUCAGUAAGAUAAACAGUAAUUAUGAAGUGUGUGAUACGUAUCCUGCUCUCCUGGUCAUCCCGACUAGUAUCAAAGAUGACGAGCUUAAAAGAGUGGCGGCUUUUAGGGCCAAGCAUCGUGUACCUGUCCUCUCUUGGAUCCAUCCUGAGAGUCAGGCCACAAUUGUGCGCUCCAGUCAGCCACUGGUGGGUCCAUCAGACCGCCGCUGCAAAGAGGAUGAGCGUUACCUGCAGACCAUCAUGGACGCCAACGCACAGUCACACAAGCUGACUAUAUUCGACGCAAGGCAGAACAGUGUUGCUGACACAAAUAAAUCUAAAGAUGGUGGCUAUGAGUGCGAAAGUUUUUAUCCCAAUGUGGAGCUAACUUUCCUGGAAAUUCCUAACAUCCAUGUGAUGCGGGAGUCUCUGCGCAAGCUGAAGGAUGUGGUCUACCCCACCAUUGAUGAAUCGCACUGGCACUCUGCUAUAGAUGCCACACACUGGCUGGAGUAUAUCCGGCUGUUGUUAGCAGGUGCAGUGCGAAUAGCAGAUAAGGCUGAAUGCAGUAAGAGCUCGGUGGUGGUGCACUGCAGUGAUGGCUGGGACCGCACGGCUCAGCUCACCUCUCUGGCCAUGCUGAUGCUAGACUCGUACUACCGCUCACUCAGGGGCUUCCAGGUGCUGAUCGAGAAGGAAUGGAUCAGCUUCGGACACAAGUUCGCCUCGCGUGUUGGCCACGGAGAUGAGAAUCAUGCCAACUCUGAACGAUCUCCUCUCUUUGUGCAGUUCAUCGACUGUGUGUGGCAGAUGAUGAGACAGUUUCCUUCUGCUUUUGAGUUCAAUGAGCUUUUUCUUAUUACCAUCCUGGAUCAUCUCUACAGCUGCCUUUUUGGAACCUUCCUCUACAACAAUGAGCAAGAGAGAAUGGAAAAGGAAGUACAGAGUACAACAAUAUCGCUGUGGUCCUACGUUAACAGUCAGCCAGAGGACUUUAUUAACCCGUUAUAUGUGGACUAUAAAAACCAGGUGCUUUAUCCAUUAGCCAGUCUCCGACAUCUGGAGCUUUGGGUGGGUUACUAUGUGCGCUGGAACCCACGCAUGAGACCACAGGUGCCGGUCCAUCAGAAUUUGAAGGAGUUAUUAUUUUUGCGUUCUGAGCUGCAGAAGAAAGUGGAGGAGCUUCAGAGAGAGGCCACAUCACGGUCUGUCUCCUCAUCCUCAGAACAUGCUUCCUCCUCCUCACAUGGUGGUACGCCACUUCAUACUGCCGUCUAAACACACACUCGCACAACACGUAUUUAAGAGCACAUACUGCGUUUACUUAGUGAACACAGUCUCAGGCAAAAGUAGGGAGUGGAUGAGAAUGAAGUGGUCAACACACACAUUCCUGUUUGCAUAUUUUUAACUGUAGUGAAGUAACCUUGUCACAUUUUAUAAAUCCAUUGUUUUUAAUCAACUGUGAAAAAUGUAUCUCGUGAUGAUAGUCAGCAUGUCUGCAGCAUCACUUCAUAGUAUUCUCUCCCUGGUGUUUGAUGUGUAAAUAUGAGGAAAAAUGUAUUAAUAUAUUUGUACAUACAUGUUCAUCUGUUCCUGUGGCCUCACAUGCUCCUCUGUGCCGACUUGAACUUUUUCAUGUUUUUAACAUUCAAAUGCAGUUUUAAGCUACUUGGUAGUUACUUUUUUUAUGUGAAUAAUUCUUCACUGUUUGUAUUUUAUCAUUUACUUUUCAUUUUACGUCCACUUCAUCAUCACACUGAAGCUUGAUAGUUCUUUCAGUAUUAUUUUUCCAUAGGUCUGUCUUUCGCCUUGCUAAUAUAGAGAAGCACUGAAUAAAUAAUGCAUUGUGUCAUGUUUCAGUAAGAA